AUGAUAUCAUCAGAUCCAAACAUAGUGAAGCUUGUAAUCCGCGAAGAAGAGAAAAGUCAUCUAAGACAACAUCUCUGCUCAGUCGACAGGAAUGCAGAUUUCAGUGAGACUCAGAGUCAUCGGUCAUCGUAUCGGAAAUAUCAGAAUUCCAAAUGUCAGAAAGCUUUGCCAGAUAACCUGUCUUGUAGAAGGCAUGAACUGGUACAGACUGCAAACCAGUACCAUAAUUGUGCGGAGAACACUAAUGGCUACAUCAGGAUAAGUGAACUACAGUUACAUCUGGAACCUCCUGGAGAGAAAACACCAUGCAAAUGGCUUAAUUCCAGUGUGGUCAACCUUCGUAAUGACCUCUUAACUCACAGUGGGAAAAGUCAGGAGAGUACCUUAAAAACGAAUGAACAAAAUUUCAGCAGGGAGAAACUACAUGAAAAGGCAUAUAAACUCAACACACAUGCCACAUGUAAUGAGGAUUUCACACUGAAACCAGACCUGGUAAUGCAUCAGUAUGUCCACACUAAACAAAAACCUUAUAAAUGUGCUAUAUGUGACAAGGGUUUUGCAAAGAGAACUGACAUGGUACAACAUGAGUAUGUACAUGCUGAAGACAAAUCAUGUCAGUAUGUUGUAUGUGACAAGGACUUCACACCAAGGGAUGAUGUGAUGCUACAUCACUAUGCUAUAUCUGACAGGAAUUUUGCACAGAAGAGUAACACGAUAUUGCAUCAGAUUACUCAUAGUGGGCAAAAGCCCUAUAAGGAUACCAUGUGUGACAGUUUUAAUUACAAGGAAUUACUGACAAAGCAUCAGAGCAUCCACACUGGACAAAAACCAUAUCAAUGUGCCACAUGUGGAAAGGGUUUUACACAGAAGGGUAACUUGAGGCAACAUCAGUAUGUCCAUUCUGAGCAAAAACCUUAUAAAUGCACCAUGUGUGACAAGAGUUUUACACAGAAGAGUGCUUUAGUGAAUCACCAGAAUAUCCACACUGGGCUGAAACCAUAUAAAUGUGCUACAUGUGGCAAGGGUUUUACACAGAUCAGCAGCAUGAAACGACACCAGUAUAUCCACUCUGGGCAGAAACUCUAUAAAUGCACCAUGUGUGAAAAGAGCUUUAGACAGAAGAGUGCUGUGAUAAGUCAUCAGAGCAUCCAUACAGGGCAGACGCCAUAUAAGUGCACUGUGUGUGGUAGGGGCUUUACACAGAAAAGUGCUAUGCUGAGUCACCAAAGCAUCCACACUGGAGAGAAACCAUAUAAAUGCACCACGUGUGAUAAAAGGUUUAGACAGAAGAGCACUGUGAUAAGUCAUCAGAGUAUCCAUACUAACCAGAAACCCUAUAAAUGCAAAAUGUGUGGGAGGAGUUUUACACACAACAGUGCUCUGAUUAGUCAUCAGAACAUCCACAGUGGACACAAACCAUAUAAAUGUGGCAUAUGUGGCAAGCAAUUUACAUAUAACAGUAGCAUGAGACGGCAUCAGUUUGUUCACUCUGGGCAGAAACUCUAUAAAUGCUCCAUGUGUGAUAAACACUUUAGACAGAAGAGUGCCCUGGUAAUUCAUCAGGGUAGCCAUGCUGGACAGAAACCCUACAAAUGUGGCAUUUGUGGCAAGGGAUUUACACAGAAUGUCAGCAUGAGGCGACACCAGUAUACCCACACUGGGCAAAGGCCAUAUAUGUGUAACAUCUGUGGUAAACAUUUUACAGAAAAAAGUGCUGUGAUAAUUCAUGAACGCAUCCAUACGGGGCAGAAACCCUAUAGGUGCAUUAAAUGCAACAAGAGUUUUCUGUUGAAGAGCAAUUUGUUAAAGCAUCAGAGUGUUCACAGUGAACAGAAAUCAUAUAAAUGUGAUACAUGUGACAAGAGUUUUGCAAGGAAAGACAACAUGAUACAGCAUCAGAUCAGUCACACUGAGCAAAAACCGUACAAGUGUAAUAUGUGUGGAAAUACCUAUAGAUGGAAAAGCAAUAUGUUACGGCAUCAGAGUGUCCAUACUGAUCAUAAACACUCAGACAUAGUAAACAUUGCAAAAAAGUGAAUAACAGCACAGAAGUGGAAGGUACUAAGAAGUGAGCAGUUCUGUAGUACAGAAAGUAAGUAUAUUGAAAAGAAAGUGAUAGAUAAACCAAAAAAUGAAGGCUGUGGAUGGGAUGCCAAGAUACAAACAGUGCCUCAGUGCAGUGGUUCACUAAAACAGUACAAUACAGAGUUAAAGUGGAGAACUCUAAUAAGGGGAAGAAUCUAAGUAUGGCAUGGGUUGAAUACAAAAAAUCAUUUGAUAAUAUCCCACAUUCAUGGCUAAAAGAGUGCUUAAAAUGUAUAAUAAACACCCUACACUGAAUGACUACAUUACAGUAACCAUGAAACAGUAGCAGACCAAUUUGCAAUUAAGCCAUGAUAAAGGACAGAUUAUUA